GAGAUAACGUUGGAAUUUAUGGGUUCCGGUCGUCCUAGGAGGAUGCGUACAAGGACUUUGCUAGGGGUGUAACCGUGUAAUGACUUCAGAGAGCCGUCCUCCUCUCUCAAGCAAAGAACUUCCUCCCGUUGCAUUAAUGGAGUCGAACCCCACCACCACUCCCUCCGGACUUCGUGGAAGCCCCCUCCCUAGUCCCUACCCAUCUCCUUUGAACAGCCCGUAAAAAGUUCGCAGCUCACAAAACCAUCCAGGAAUCAGAUACCUUUUCCAGGUUUCUUGUUGGGUUUCUUGUUUCUCCUCAAACCACGAAGAAAGUUUCCUCCUUGAUCGGAAACCAGAAGAACCCAAUUCACUGUUUGAUCGCCUGAAGCUCACUCUCCCUCUCUCUCUCUCUCUCUCUCUCUCUCUCCGAUCAUCGAGAAAAGGGGAAACAGGAGCACCCAUUUGGCCAUGGAACCCGGCUCGCCCCACGCAAUCCCUGUCUUCUCCACCCUCGCCUCGCCGUACGACGGCUCGGCUCAGAUCAACGGGUCUCGGAAGCCGAUCAGCCUGUGGCCGGGAAUGUACCACUCGCCGGUGACGAUCGCCCUGUGGGAGACGAGGUCGAGUACCUUCGAGCGGCUCCUCGACCCCCCCAAGGACGCGCCCCCGCAGAGCGAGUUGCUGGUCAAGACGCCGUCGCAGAGCAGGACCAGCAUCUUGUACGGCUUCUCGUCGGAUUACAUUCUGAGGGAGCAGUACAGGGACCCCUGGAACGAGGUCAGGAUUGGGAAGUUGCUCGAAGACCUCGAUGCUUUGGCCGGUACCAUCUCGGUCAAGCACUGUUCUGAUGAGGAUAGCACAACGAGACCACUUCUUCUAGUUACUGCUUCAGUUGACAAGAUUGUCUUGAAGAAGCCAAUCAGUGUUGACAUCGACCUGAAAAUCGUGGGUUCUGUCAUAUGGGUCGGGCACUCAUCCAUGGAAAUUCAACUUGAAGUGAUUCAAUUUUCUGGAGAGAAGUCUAAUGCCACAAAGUCAGUAGCAUUGACAGCCAACUUUAUAUUUGUUGCUCGUGACUCUAAGACCCAUAAAGCUGCUCCGGUGAAUCGGCUCUCCCCUGAGACUGACCAAGAGAAACUGCUUUUCAAAGAGGCAGAAGCUAGAAGUAAACUGAGGAAAAGAAAGAGUGUUGGAGAAAGAAAGGAAACUGAUGACGGAAUUGUGAAGAGACUGAAGGAGUUGUUGGCCGAGGGAAGGAUUUUCUCUGAUAUGCCUGCCUUAGCAGAUAGAAACAGCAUUCUUCUAAGGGAUACCCAUCUCGAGAAUUCUUUAAUUUGCCAGCCACAGCAGAGGAAUAUCCAUGGUCGGAUAUUCGGAGGGUUUUUAAUGCACCGAGCAUUUGAGUUGGCUUUCUCCACAGCUUAUGCCUUUGCCGGCUUGGUGCCUUGCUUCCUAGAGGUUGAUCACGUUGAUUUUUUGAGACCUGUGGAUGUUGGAGACUUUCUGAGGUUCAAAUCAUGUGUGCUGUACACUGAACCGGAGAAACCAGAUGGGCCUCUGAUCAACGUUGAAGUUGUCGCCCAUGUCACAAGGCCCGAGCUCAGGUCUAGCGAGGUAUCAAACACCUUCUACUUCACUUUCACGGUGCGUCCCGAGGCAAAAGCUCUGGAAGAUGGAUUCAGAAUUAGGAACGUGGUUCCUGCAACAGAGGAGGAAGCGCGGCGUAUUCUGGAGCGCAUGGAUGCUGAGACCUUGCAGCCUUAAUGCACAGAUGGUUAUGCAUAUAGUUUUUAGGCUGAGGGCAUCAUUCGUUGGUAGUAUGGAGUAUCCCUCGACAGACUGGAGUGCCCACGUGGAUCGUACCGGAAAUUACAUGUUGCUAAUUGACAUGUUGAAUCUAAUAUAGGGGUAGCCCUACAUUGGUCGCUUCCCACUCUCCUAUCGAGCAUAAAGAGGUAAUGCCAUUGAGUUAAAUAGAAUGUAGAAUGGCUUUACCUUGAUAGGUAUAAAUACCGAUUUGAAUGGAUUCAAUGCAUAUCAUGAUCAUAUUCUUAGUA